AUGAAGACACACCGUCUGCUCGAAUAUGUUGCGGUUUUGUAUUUCGUACUGACGUGUCUUAGCCGAACCCACGUGCGGGCCGCCGAGAACAACCGAGCAGGCCUGGCCGGCCUGAAUGACAACGUCCUGGUAGCCUUCCUCCUGCUUGUGCAACUGGAAGUCCCUAAUUUCCUAGAACCUCUUUCGAAAAAGGAAAAAUAUGAAAAAGUGAUUGAUGGAGCUAUAUAUCGUUUCACAAAAGAGGUGGCCACAGAAGAACAGAAGGAGGAACAGAGGGGGUACACCCUCCAGGAUGUCCGUCAUGUGAUCGUGGGGCUGCAGAGCCUCCUGAAUGACAUAAAAGGCGGAAACGAAAGGUACUUCACCUGGAUGGAAUUAAUCACCAAUGAAUGUUGGAGACAGGAAGAUGGUUGCAGAGCACUGACCACGAGGAGCUGUGCCCUGUCUGUGUUGAAUGCCCUCCCAAAAAAGACUCUCCCCGUAACAUGCGGCAGUUGUAUUAUGUACGCCUUAAACUACGCACUGCACUCGAAGCAUUUAUUUAUAAACAUGCUACAAAUACAAAACUGCAAUGAAGACAAUAACCUCAAAUUGAUAAACCUGACAAAGGAUGUCAGUUUCGUGAGAGAACAUCGAAUAUACAUGAACAGCCUGGAAUCCAUUUCUGUUGCGAAGAAUGUCCGAAGCCAAGUCAUUAUUUUACGCAUAGAAAAUGCCACAAAAUUGGUAGACAUUUUAAGGACACAUGGACACGAAAAAUUCACACAAGUGAUGAGUGACGCCUUGCUCGAGGUGGUAAAAAAAAGCAUAGAAACGUACAAGAGGUAUUUAGAACAUAAUAGCUCUUUUAGGAAAAAUGAAAAAAAUGAAAAAAAUUUUGAUUUGGCAAAUUUGAUCUCCCUUACGAUCAAUGGUUACUUGUAUAUGGAUCACACAAGUGGAGAAAUUUCUCGUGUGAGAGAUUUUGGUCUGUUUUUUACCGAAGAUUUUUUGGAACAAUGCGUUUGGAUGUUAACGGGGAGGAACUUGUUUCUGCAGGUGGAGAUGGGGACCCCAGGAGGGGCAGACGUCUCGACGGGAGAGGCUUCCCAAAGUGGUGAUCCCUUCCCCAUGGGAAAUCUGCUCACCCUGGUAGAAUUCGAGCUUGUCCUGAAUUCGUAUUUGCACUUCGGGGAGAACUACUUCUCCAAGGCAGUGAUGCUGAUGAAAAAGGUCUUUUACGCGGAGGGAAAAAACGCAAAAGGGGUGUUCAGCUACGGGGCGGAUAAGACGGACAAGGCGGACAAGGAAGACAAGGAAAACAGGGAGGAAGGACGCCCGGUGAACAACUUCCUUGCCAUUAGGAAGAGCGGCAAAUUGCGCAGAGCCACGCAGGGAGGUCACUUGAGAGGUUCCCCCCAGGAAGGUCAUUCGAGAAUUGUUGCAUGGGAGAAUCACCUCAGUGCCACCCCCCCGAAUGAGCACAGAAAACAAAUCGAAGAAUUCAAAAGGACACUACUGGAACUGAUGGACGACCAAACCAUCUUCUUCAUCAUCCUGGUGAAAAGUCUACCCGAAAAUAAAUACACGCUGAUGAAGAGCGCCAUCGUUGACCUGCUAACCAAGCCAGUCUACUCAAAUUCGCUAAAAGGAUUUUCCUAUAACGAUGGCAAAAAGGUUAACAAGGAACUAAUUGAAAUCCUGGGGGAGUCCUAUAACGACCCAAUAAAUAACCUUAAAAGGAGGACAAUGCAUUUUGGAUCCAGAAUUAACAAAAGGGAAAUCCAAGCCUUCGAAAAAUUAUUACAACAGGGAUAUAAACUAACCCAAAUAGCUUUUCACAAUUAUAGCUCCUUGCCACUAAAUAGUAGAAAGAAUAUCUACUCAGCCGUUAAAAUGUUCUCCCUCUUUAAGCAUAGGGUGCAUUACCUUACCGGGUGGGAUGCACACAUUUUAUUUUCCAAGAGGAUAUAUCCUGAAGAUAUGGUGGAGAAAAAGUACAACGUGUACUCCUAUGCACAAAGUGGGGGCAACCAUUGGUUCAUUAUAUGCUGCACGGUCAUCCCUCUAUUGGUGAUUAUUUUAUUAUUCCUUUUGUACAAGUACUUGCUUCACGAUAAGCUCAAGUUUUUCUUCCUCUUCAGAAAUAGGAAGUACAAAAAACGCAGUCACGGCUCGUCGGGCAGAGCGCUUAAAUACUAUAGGCACCUCUCUGGGGGCGUGAACUUGUCCAGCACGCGUCGACAGAGGGCAGACAGGGCGGAGCUCCAGCACUUGCUGCGCAGGAGGAAGCGUAGAACGGAGAUGAAGGCAAAGGUAAGAGGGAAAAAUGGGGCAAAAAAUAGCAAGAAGAAUGAUUCAAGUAGUAGUGCAAAAGUGGACAAGACCGGCAGGCCGCACAGGCUGUCCGGCGCAGGAGCAACGAAGAAGCGGGAAACGAAGAGCAGUGACUUGUUCAUGGAGGAAAUCCAGCCCAACUAUGAUUUCGAAUAG